CAACUCGUGGGCGCCAUGGUCUUCCUCACGACGCAGCUGUGGCUGCGGAGUCGCGUCACCGACCGCUAUUGGAGGAUCCAGGAGGUGCUGAAGCACGCCCGGCACUUCCGGGGAAGGAAGAAUCGAUGCUACAGCUUGGCGGUCAGAGCUGUGAUUAGAGCUUUCGUGAAAUGCACAAAAGCGCGAAGAUUGAAGAAGAGGAACAUGAGGACUCUUUGGAUCAAUCGAAUCACAGCUGCUUCCCAGGAGCAUGGCCUGAAGUACCCAGCCUUGGUUGGCAGUUUAAUUAAGUGCCAGGUGGAGCUCAACAGGAAAGUGCUUGCAGACCUGGCUAUCUAUGAGCCAAAGACUUUUAAAUCUUUGGCCGCUUUGGCCAAAAGGAGGCGAGAGGAGGGAUUUGCUGCUGCCUUGGGGGAUGGGAAGGAGCCUGAAGGUGUGUUCUCCCGAGUGGUGCACUAUCACUGAG